AUGGAUCGUCUUUCAGCAGAAUUGCUCGUCAAGAUCUUAGCUCACCUUGGAGUCGAGGACCUCCAGGCCUCUCGGCUCACCUCUCGCAGAUUUCGAGCCGCCAUCGAGGGCUCGGUGGAGCUAUGUUACCAACAUCGUUUGCGGCUUGCUGGACGCGCAGACAUCGCGAACAAAAGCUCGUGCACCUCGCUCUCACAACAUCUUGCAGACUUGAAUGGUCUCGAAGAUGCCUGGCGGUAUGCAAACUUCACGCAGACCGUGUCUAUCGCAAGCUUUUCGGUCCUCAGCGACUCGGAGGUGUUGACAUUCUACGCCCGUAUGAAUUCGCUGUAUGUGAUAGCGGGUCAAGAGUGGACCGUCAACGAAGUUCUACGCCUCUCUGAUGGUAGGACCAGCGGCUCAGCGGAGGAUUGGCAGCGCUUGCAGAUCUCGAGUGUUACAAGUAGGCCCGAUAAGAUGGCCCUCGAUGUGGUCAUACUCGAGGAAACCUGCCUUCUUAUGGUGAUAUCAGUGAUUGUCAACAACGAUGGCGAUGAUGUAUCAGGGAUAGUCUUCGACUUCUAUCACACCGAGACUAUGCAACCACAUUCAGACGCAAUCCAACCAUCAGUGACGCUCCGAUUCGCCCAAACUUUUCAGCCUCAUCCUCCCGGAGAGGACCUAUCUACGUUCGACUCACCAAUCUCUGGUCAUGGUGAUACCAUACUGUUCAUCCUGCGUAAUCACCACCCAGAUGCAGUGACCCAUGACACGUCGCAAGAACUUGAAGUGUUCUUCUGCUUACGUUGGAAAGAAGGUCUAGUUCAUACGCUCCGCGCGCAAGAGUCGUGCCGCCAAACCGCGCCCACAUUUGUGGAAGCCAACCUCUUCAUAUGUUCUCAACAGCAUCUGCAUUGCCUCGAGCUCUGCAGUCUGCUCAAGGAUUCCACUCGCCCAUGGACUCUGCACACACUCUGUUAUCUGCGAUUCCCCGCACUCGGAGUGAGUGUUCUGGGUAAUCGCAUCGGAGAGAUGGCAGUAUACCGAGACUAUGAAUCGUCCGGGGUAACGGACGCAGAUUGGCAAAACCAAGCGAACCCACGCCCAUUUCCCCUUCUACCAUCCCAAUCGAUCUGCGCAGUCCGUAUCGUCCUUCAAGGCCUCUCAGGACAUUACGACGACGACCGCACCUUCUACCUCGUUAUUCGGACAGCGACGUUCGCCGAGAUCGCACUUGAGGUAGCUCCGGGGGAGACCUUUGAUUGGCCUGAGCCUGAGGGGUGCUAUGUCUAUCUGGACACUCAGACGCCGCCUACCUCUCCCGCCACACAGACCGUCAACCCUAAUAUGGACUCUGCAGUCGUAUGCAUGGCGCGCACACUUGAAGCAGACGCAUGGCUAGGAAAAGGAGCCACAUGGUUGAAUACGGCGGCAGAGCUUCACAACGGUGAUCGUGCAUGGGGGGUGUCUGGACAGCGCCUGAUCGCGCGAGGGUUUGAAUCAGAAGGACGCAUUCCUCCAUUGCGUCUAUACAACUUCAACAUUUACGACGUGCAGCGCGCGCUUUCCCUCAUCCGCACGGGCAACCUUGAACUAGUGCAGACAGACGUCGAACAUACCAUGUUCGGACCAUGGUAUCGUCUUCCCAACGGGAAUAAGCUGGCCGUCGUGGACGAGCCAUUCGCCGUAUCGACGGCUCGGCCCACCUGGUGGGGUGAGGAUCUGGUUUCAAACCUACCUUUCACGAUUGUCGAGACACAGCAAGCACAAGCUUGGCCACUACUGACGGUCUUCGGUGAUUUCAUCCUGCGUUUGCAGUCAAAAGAAUCUUUGAAUUACGAAGUCUUCCGCGUAGGGAAGUGA